AUGACACGGCCCCUGAGAGAUCGCCCUCGAGAGACACGCCCCUUAGACAGCACGCCCCUCGGAGAGAGAGAAAGGACCACACCCCUUGCAGAGAGGACACCGCCGCAUCGAGAGACACGCCGCUUCGAGAGACCACGACGCCCCGACACGCCCCCAGAGAGAAGCGCCCCCUCGAGAGACACGACCCCUGAGAGACACGCCCCUCGAGAGACACCCCUCGAGAGCCCCUUGAGAGACACGCCCUCGAGAGACACGCCCCUCGAGACCACGCCCCUCGAGAGACACGCCCCUCGAGAGACACGCCCCUCGAGACACGCCCUCGAGAGACACGCCCCUCGAGAGAAAGACACGCCCCUCGAGAGACACGCCCAUCGAGAGAGAGACAGCGAGAGACACGCCCCUGAGAGACACCGCCCUCGAGAGACACGCCCCCUCGAGACACGCCUCUCGAGAGACACGCCCUCGAGAGACACGCCCCUCGAGAGACCACGCCCAUCGAGAGAGAGGACACGCCCCCUCGAGAGACACGCCCCUCGCGGAGAGACACGCCCCUCGAGAGACACCCCCCACGCCCCUCGAGAGACACGCCCUUGCCCCUCGAGAGAAGAACACGCCCCUCGAGAGACACGCCCCUCAGAGACACGCCCCUCGAGAGACACGCCCUCGAGAGAGAGACACGCCCCUCGAGAGACACGCCCCUCGAGAGACACGCCCCUCGAGAGACACACGCCCCAUCGAGAGACACGCCCCUCGAGACACACGCCCCUUCGAGAGACACGCCCCUCGAGAGACACGAGAGAGAGACACGCCCCCUCGAGAGACACGCCCCUCGAGAGACACGCCCCUCGAGAGACACGCCCCCACAAGAGCACCUGCAACGAAAUCUGUGGCCUUCCUCGAGGCGUUUAA